GUUUACCUUGGCAACAGUCACUGGGGAGCAGACACCAUGUUGCAUGGCAACGGUUGCUAGGAGGACUGUUCUAUACAGCCUGGGCCUAUUCGACCCAGAGGCUGCCUACAACCGGCAUGGCCUCCACAUCGGUGCUUGUUGCCCGAGAGGACACAGGGGCACCCCCUGGAACCUACUCCUACUGCAGCCAGCCCCGGGCUCUGCCCCCCAGACGGAAAUACCGGGGUUCUCUGGAAGCCAACGAUCAGGAAGAUGAGCCAUACCACUAUGCAAACCUCAUGUACGAGCGGAGGGUGGUUCGUGGCAACACGUAUGCCCUUCACAUCUUACCUUGGAGCGACGAACCGGAUCCCCUUGAGCUCCAGCGGCAGCGGGAAGCACGCCGGAAAGCACUGGCCAGAAAACGGGCCAAGGAACAGCUUCGGACGAGGACACCAGAUCCUCUGGAAGGCAGGCGGCAUGUCACUGUGCAAACAGAGUUAUACCUGGAAGAACUCGCCGACCGGAUUAUCGAGGUAGAUGUGGAAUGUCAAACGGAUGAAUUCCUGGACAGACCAGCUACUCCACUCUUCAUUCCCGCAAAGACUGGCAGAGAUGUAGCCACACAAAUAUUGGAAGGAGAGCUGUUUGAUUUCGACAUUGAAGUUCGGCCAGUGCUUGAAGUCUUGGUUGGAAAGACCAUUGAGCAGGCCUUGCUGGAAGUCAUGGAGGAGGAGGAGCUGGCCAACCUGCGGGCACAUCAAUACGCCUAUCAGGAGCUGCGCUUUGCUGAGCUUGCGGAGGUUCAGCGCCUCGAGGAGCAAGAGCGGCGGCAUAGAGAGGAAAAGGAGCGUCGUAAGAGGCAACAACUGCUUGCCCUGAAGAAGGAGAAAGAAACCUCCGAGAAAAUUGCUGCCCGCGCUUUCGCUGUGCGGUACCUGUCCGACCUAAUUCCUUCCGUAUUUGGGAGCCUUCGGGACAGCGGCUACUUCUUCGACCCAGUGGAGAGAGACAUUGAACAAGGAUUCAUUGAGUGGCUGAUGGAUGAAGUAGAAGAGAAUAUGGAGAAGAGGGUGCUAGGAAGAACAAUUGCUGACAGCUUACUUCGCUACGUGGUAGAAAGGAGGCUGGAUUCUUUUGAAGCUGGAAUGUGGCCAGAGGAACCAGAAGGAGAACCUCCUGCCCAGGAAAUAGAUCACCCGCUCUCUGCUGAGGAGAUGUUGGGUGAAAUUGUGGCUCAGCCUGAAAAACCAGAUCAUCUGGAAACAGAAGGGCAGCUGGAAGCCUCCGAUCAGCCUCAAGCCUCUGAUCAACGGGAAAGCUCUGAUCAGCCUCAAGCCUCCGAUCAACCGGAAAGCUCUGAUCAGCCUCAAGCCCCUGAACAGCCAGAAGGCCUAGAUGAGGGCAAAGCAGGAGAAGAGCCAGAAGCCAAGGAGCCUGAACCCCAGUGAUGAUGACCACAUGAAUCAGGCAACCCAAGCUAUACAAGAAGAUUUCACAUCGGCACGUUUGUUAAAAUGGAGAAUAUAUUGCAUGUAAUUAUUAGUCGUGGUAGGCAAUAAAUCAAAAGCUAUAUUUUUUCAAAAUAUGUGCUAGGCCUAUGCUCUUAUUCAUCAGACAAACCCGGUGCCAAGAAAUUCCUGCUGCCGCUUAGUAUGUUGUCAUUAGAUCUUCUUCUCAGCAUCUGCAUUAUUGUACAGGAUGUUGAAGUAUCAGUUUAGAGGUGCCUACGAUGAAGCAGAAUCCCACCGAAGUUAGCAAGAAGUUAAGCAGAAGUUAGCAAGAGUGCUCUUGUGCAACAUGGAAGAAAUGUGCUUUGCAGUUACACAAUAGAGGGCCACUGUAAAUGGCCCUCUAUUGCACAAUUGCACUGCACAAUUCUUCCAUGUUGUGCAAGAGUGUUCCUGCACAAACGCUUCAUUACAAGGCUGAGGGAGCGUUGCACAUUACAUCAGCCAAUGAAAUUGGGACUAAACUUUGCUGUCGACUUAAUGGAAAAUUAGUGGUGGCAAACUUCUGCCCUGUUGUUGGUUUGUUGGUUUUUCAAGCAGUCUUUGCUUUUAUGUUUAUAGAGUUCAUUAAAUGCAGUUAAUUUGUUUAUAUUGGCCACAAUCUCAAGAAAUUUAGUUCUGCCUAAGCCCCACUGAAAUUAAUAGGACUGCAGAUAGUCACUGGCUAAUGUCUCAUUGAUUUGAAUGGGGCUUCAGCAUGGCUGACUUCUUGUUGAUUCGGGCAUUUGUGUGUUACCUUCUAGAAUUCAUUACUAUAAAAUAAUAUGUGUUUGUGAAAAAGCUUAGCCUAGUUCACUUUCUGUUCCAUUGCAUUGUAACUCUGAUUUUAUUGUUUUAGCAAACGAAAGCAGUGUUUGUUUUGGUUUGUUCCGUAGUUGCCUCCUUGCUGGUAGAAAACGAAUCACUGAAUGGCCAAUACGAUGGUUGCUGUUCCGUUGCCACUCCCCUAAUCUAAUAUGUCUCUCUUUUUGAAAAGUACAGUUUGUUUUUGCUUCUUAGGAGGCUGCCUAUUGGCAAGGGAACAUAUUCUCUUGUUUUGCAGAAUCCUCUGCAAAUUUCAAUGUAAGCCAGACAUUGCAUAUCUGCUUUCCCCAAGAUGGUGGAAGAUGCUGUGCUGGUAUUCCAAACGAUACAUACAUAGAAAAGGUACACCUAGGACUGUGAUUUCAGCUCUUUUUAAUGGAUGCCUGCCUGUAGCAUAACAGUAGACUGAACAUUGGUAUAAGCUAUACAGCCACUGGUCAGCUACUCCAACGUUUCCACCUUGUCCUUUUGGACAAGUCUUGCCUGAGAUGGGUCACUGAUACCUCAUCACUUCACUAUGGGGUGCUUUCUCCCCAUCACUUGUGUACCCCCUUCCUGCCAUUGCCUGCUCUUCCUGGUGCACAAAAUGUCUUUGAUUAGGGCUUCUGAACCUUGGCUUCCCAGAUACUGUUGGACUACAAGUCUUGGAACCCAAGGUUAAGCAGCUCUGCCCUAAACAGAUGGCAGUGCAGCCUCCUCCCCUCUCAGGUACCCAGGUAAGGGAAGCUUCAUUCCCCAACAGAUGGAGUAGCCAGCCAUUAGAAAGUACCCAUUGUUCCAUUUGCUGCUAGUUUACAGCCGUGGAUACAUUAAAAAGACCUUUGAACUCACAGGCUAUUUAAGUUUGAUGCAAUUAAUGUUUGAUGGUCUGCUUAUAUUUUCCACUUGGAGCUAAGCUGCAUGUUGAGAGCAAGCAUACGGCACAGUCCCCUAGAAACCAUACCUCUUCAGAAAAUGUGUGCAAAUCCAUGUUAGAAAUGCUCUUGCGUGCUCUCUCUCUCUCUCUCACCUGAUAGAGCAUUUCAACAUGUGAUUUCCCCCGUUCCUAAAUAUUGAAGCGGUCCAUUCCCAGGAGGACUCCUCUAUAUGCUUCUUCUGAGCGCAUAGGUCAUCUGUUGUUAUGGAAUCCAAUGUUAAAAUUGUUUUAUCUCUAACAAAAUCAAUUUUGUGUGUACCAAUAAUAAAGCGGAUACCACAAAAA